AGUUUCCCGCCGGCCUCGGCCGCGGGCCCCCGUGCUCGCAGGUGUAGCGCCCCCGCGCGGCGCGGGCGGCUGGGCGUCUCCAGCAUGACUGGCCAGAGCCUGUGGGACGUGUCCGAGGCCAACGUCGAGGAUGGAGAGAUCCGCAUCAACGUAGGCGGCUUCAAGAGGCGGCUGCGCUCGCACACGCUGCUGCGCUUCCCGGAGACGCGCCUGGGCCGCCUGCUGCUCUGCCACUCGCGCGAGGCCAUUCUGGAGCUCUGCGAUGACUACGACGAUGUCCAGCGUGAGUUCUACUUUGACCGCAACCCGGAGCUCUUCCCCUACGUGCUGCAUUUCUACCAUACCGGCAAGCUUCACGUCAUGGCGGAGCUGUGCGUCUUCUCCUUCAGCCAGGAAAUCGAGUACUGGGGCAUCAACGAGUUCUUCAUCGACUCCUGCUGCAGCUACAGCUACCACGGCCGCAAAGUGGAGCCCGAGCAGGAGAAGUGGGAUGAGCAAAGCGACCAGGAGAGCACCACGUCCUCCUUCGAUGAGAUCCUGGCCUUCUACAACGACGCCUCCAAGUUCGACGGGCAGCCCCUGGGCAACUUCCGCAGGCAGUUGUGGCUGGCGCUGGACAACCCUGGCUACUCGGUCCUGAGCAGGGUCUUCAGCGUCCUGUCCAUUCUGGUAGUGUUAGGGUCCAUCAUCACCAUGUGCCUCAACAGCCUGCCGGACUUCCAAAUCCCCGACAGCCAGGGCAACCCUGGUGAGGACCCCAGGUUCGAAAUCGUGGAACACUUUGGCAUCGCCUGGUUCACGCUUGAGCUGGUGGCCAGGUUUGCUGUGGCCCCUGACUUCCUCAAGUUUUUCAAGAAUGCCCUAAACCUUAUCGACCUCAUGUCCAUUGUCCCUUUCUACAUCACUCUGGUGGUGAACCUAGUUGUGGAGAGCACACCUACCUUGGCCAAUUUGGGCAGGGUGGCCCAGGUUCUGAGGCUGAUGCGGAUUUUCCGCAUCUUAAAGUUGGCCAGACACUCCACUGGCCUCCGCUCCCUGGGGGCCACCCUGAAAUACAGCUACAAAGAAGUAGGGCUGCUCCUGCUCUACCUCUCUGUGGGGAUCUCCAUCUUCUCUGUCGUGGCCUACACCAUUGAAAAGGAGGAGAACGAGGGUCUGGCCACCAUCCCUGCCUGCUGGUGGUGGGCCACUGUCAGUAUGACCACUGUAGGGUACGGGGAUGUGGUCCCAGGGACCACGGCAGGGAAGCUGACUGCCUCUGCCUGCAUCCUGGCUGGUAUCCUAGUGGUGGUGCUGCCCAUCACCUUGAUCUUCAAUAAGUUCUCCCACUUUUAUCGGCGCCAAAAGCAGCUUGAGAGUGCCAUGCGCAGCUGUGACUUUGGGGAUGGAAUGAAGGAGGUCCCUUCCGUCAAUUUAAGGGAUUACUAUGCCCAUAAAGUUAAAUCCCUCAUGGCGAGCCUGACAAACAUGAGCAGGAGCUCACCAAGUGAACUAAGUUUAAAUGAUUCCCUACAUUAGCCAGGAGGACUUAGUCUCAAACCCACAUUGCUGAGCUGUUUCUUGUGCCUCGGGCGCAGUCCAGGCACCUUAGGGUUAUGGCGUAAGGAGUAUGCCCAGCCCCAAAGGGGAGAGAUGCAUGGGAUAUGCACCCCAGGUUACUUUCACAGUAUUUAGGAUCAUUUUUAGAGGGUGGUGUGUCUGACACCAUGCCUUUGCACCUUUCAAUGGAAUGACACUCACUGGUCUUUGCAUUGUGGGCAUAAAAUGUUCACUUUUCUGCCAGAUGAGUACCACCUAGAAUGCUAACUUUUCUGUUCUUUGUGUACUCUAUUCUCGUGCUUGUGGCCGGUACUGUCUCUGAGUUGUUUGUGCUCCUGUUUCUGAGGCUGUCAUGUGAGUUCUGUACAAAAAGCCCCCACAAGUCUGUCCAGUGGAAACACAUCUCUGAGGUCAGCAAGAAUGUGAUGAGGUUUUACUCAGUCAUGUGAAAAAAAAAUCCCCAUUCUCUAUCCAUAGCUUUCAUUUUGUUUUACUACCAAGACAGAGUAUGUGAAGUUAAGCACACAUGACUGAUACAAGUCUGUGAGUUGUUUUUAUAAGCGACCUGUCGCUCUGUGACUUGCACGGAUACCCUGCUCACUUUUAGAAUGAUGUACACUGAUGUUCAUCUCUUAAAUGUUGCUCUUUCUAGAGAAUGUUAUCCUGUUAAACAUCUAGUGAAGAUUGACAUUUUUUCCCAAGAACAAAUGCAUUAGGGACAGGGGCUUCAGCUAAAAAUAGGCCAGAUCACAGGAUGCUUUCAAGUUAGACUUCCAUCUUUCCUAGGGUGGUUGUGGAGACAUUUCUUUCUGGCUGAGGUUCCUGGUCUAGGUCCUUUGACCAAACUUUGCUGUGUCUUAGAUAUUAGCAUGUUUUUGAAAUAUUUCUUUUUAAAAAGAUGUUUAGAAAUAAGAUCGUAUUGUCUUUCUCAACUGAAAAGAGGUUUACUGUUGUAUUGUCUUUCUGAGGCAAAUAUAGUCGGGUUGCUAGCAAGGGCAGUAGCUUAGAAAAUUUCCUUGCCUGCUCUGUAAGCUUAUAAAAUGCGAGCCCUUUUAUUUCCAAGCAGAAUUUACUUAGGUAAUUUUGCUUCUAGGAUACAGUAUGUUAUACACAAUGCUCUAAUUGCCCCAGAGUUCCUGGUGUGACAUGGAAACCUGGUGGUGUGGAAGUGUGUACUCGAAUAUAGAUAUAUGGCUUAUCCAGGAUGGAAAUACUAUAGCUCUUAUUUCCAUUUCAAGUCCUUUUGUUAGGAGAGGGUCAGGGGAGGCCAGAAGAAAGGAAAGAGUUAUAAAGCAAAAUGGCAUCGUUACUUAAUAAAAUGUCGUAAAUAAUUGUAAACUUCUUGAAAAGCUUAAUGCGAUUUAAACUUCGCAACUUGUGUUGAAGGUUGAGAACUCUUUCCUCCUCCAAAAUGCCCUCCUUCCUCUUCUUCAGUUAACCAGCACAAAGCAUUUUGAAGGGUUAAUCUGGGUCCCUUUGUAAGAUAGUCCUUUGUUAUAUUGUAGGUAAUCAGAUGGUUUUGCAGUUGGCUUCUAUUAUCAUUCAGUCUUUGGGAAAGACUGCAGAAUCCAGGGGUCUAAACAUGGGGUUAGGCAGGCUUUUUAUUCAUGGCUUGGACCUUACCUAAGAAAGUCUGUUUUGUGUCUUAGUUGGUUGAAGGUAGUACGUAAUUCAUGGGGGUGGGUGAGAAUCUUGUCAGAGGCUUUGUGGAUUUGUAGUUGCCAUGGCUACUACAGAGGGGGCCAUUUGUUGGACGAAUGCACUAAUCACUUAUGCCUUUGGGUCCCCAGUUCAAAUCCUUCCAUCAGACUGGAGCCUCAGACGGGGGCAGGGAGGCAGCCACCUCCUAGUGCCUGAUAGUCUGUCAUCUACAUCUGUUUCUCAGAAGCAUCAGGAAAGGUAAGAUGACUUAGAGGCCACCAGCCACAUCAGAAGAGCAGGGUUAUUUCUCAGAAUUUGCACAUGCAGCACUCGGCUCUGGCUGAUGUUUGCAGCUCUGGAAGGCAGAGAAGUUAUGAAGUAAUCUCCAGCUGCCUUGAGGCAGGUGACGGUAUAAACUAGUGAGGACUGUUCAGUUUGCCAAGGCUGAUUGGAUUGGGUCACUGAGCCUGGUAUCCAUGGUCACUGACCAUAAAGCCUGUGAAAAGUGGAAACAAGAAAGGAGGCUGAAUAACUCAGUCACUGUCAUAAGUGUUCUUUUUAAACAGGCAGGUUUUACCACCAAAGCAGAGAUAUCCUUCGUGGUCACUCUUUGCAGAUGUGAAAGCUGGGAAACUUGACUUUCCAUUUUGGUGAUGACUUGCAUUUAUCUGGUGCCUUCAUUGGGGGAAUCCCAAAGUGCUUUAGAGACUGCCUUUUCAUAUCUCUUGUACAUAAAGACACUUGUAUAAAAUGUUAUUUUGCCCAUCCUGGAACUUCAGUCACUUCUGAGCAUGAGAAUGUCCUAAUAGCAUCAUGUACUUCAAGCAGUGGUUUCAGAUGAGAGGGAGAGAGAACCCAGCUGGCUUGAACCCUGGAGUUAUUCCCACAAAAGAUGGAGACACAACUGUGAUCCGGGGAGAAAGAACAUUCCUCUCUCUUAUGUAGCAGUUUCUUCUGGGCCCUGAAACUAAUCCGGGGCGGGGCAGGUCAGAUGAAUUUUCUGCUCUGUUUCUGAAAUUAAGAAAACAAUUAUGAGGUGACAUCUUUGACCACCAGGCUGUCAGACUGACCCAUAAACUUCCUUUCAGGGAACAGAGUAAAAGCUUCAGAUCACCUAUUCCCAGCUGAGGGCUUGAAAGAAGCCUCAGUCCCUUCAUUUUGAAGGUUGUUCUUUUCAAUGCCAUUGGGACAAAUAUAUGGGUCAGGCUUUUCUUGAACUAUAUGUGAUAAGCAUUUUGAAAGUGCUGGCUGGGCAGUGACACUGUGUCUUUACUGCAUAGAUGCAUAUUGGUUAUAGGUUUGUGUUUUCUGCCAAACACCCGCAUUUCCUGCGUUUGCUCCUGAGAAGGGGCAUGUUGUAAUGCCGAGCUGAUUUGUAGCUCCUAAGGUAGUAAUUGGUAUUUAAUACUUGGAUUUGUUAUUUCUACUUAUCUUAGCAUUCAAAUAAUUCAACUACCUGCUAAUUCUUGCUUCCUUUCAAAGAACAUGAUCUAUUCUGCACUUUGGGAUAGCAGUGAUCUGUACAGGCUAUGUGUUAUCUACUCGAAGGCUUAACUGGUAUUUCUUGUAUGUUUUAACAGCAUGACUUGUUACCGAGUUGUAAUUUUAAAAAUUGAGAACGCUGUAUUUGCGCUGUCAGUUUCAACACUCAUUAACACGCUACUGUGCGGGCAAGGACGCAGCCCCGCUGAACCAUUAUGUCUAAUGGCUACACUUGAGUCUCCUGGCCUCAACUGGGCAAGGAGGAGGAACACCGACACGCUCAGGACUCCAGGCUUAAACAGCAUGCGGAUUAAACAGAAAACAAAACAACAAAAAAAGAUUUAUGCUCCCUGAAGGCACUUCAAUUUCUUGUGGAGAGGCAAAUACAAGGGCGUUCAA